AUGUCACAGCGAAUGACAAAGCAGGCGAUAGUUGAGGCACUGGGUAACGCGGGCAUAAGCUGCCCCAAGUCGGCUAACCUAACCCAACUAAAGCGCCUCUACGCCGGACUCCACCAACUGGAAGAGCACGAGCAUGGCGCCUCUAACUCCGAAGAAGAAGAUCCCGUAUGGGUCGUAUCCGCAGACAUCGAAGAUUUCGCCGGCUUUGGCGCCAGCGCGCUAACAGCCACCCUAACUAAUUCCGACAAUGAGAGCACCACCGCCGAGCCUGCCGCAGCCACUGCCGAAAAACUUCCCGUUGCCACCACAACUCUGAGACCGCAGCCCCAGAUAGUGAAUGUGCCGUUGCCGCGCCCAAUUAAUCUGUUGCCACAACCAAUCAAAACAAGCGCAAAAACAGCGACAGCGACAACUACAACGUCAGCUACAGCCACAGCUGCAACUAGUGCUGCAACAGCGUUAACAGCAACAACUACAGCAACUGCAACUGCUGCGGACACAGCAACAACAGCGCAAAGAACAGCAACGGCCACGCACGGCAUUAACAUGCUGGGCGGGGGUAAAGGCACCAGGCGCAGGGGUAGCUUCCUUGAGAGCCUGACCGAAGAAGAGGCUGCCCUCUUUAUUGAACACGCCAGGGAUGAAGAGAAGCCAAGCACAGGCGCAGCGCCUUUCGGAAGGCCUCAAGGGAGCAGAUGCAUCACUCCCGAAAAACAGGCAUCGCUCUGCUAG